UUAAAUUUGUUUUAUGGAAAGGUCACACAAACAGUGUGGAACACAGAAAAAUGCCAAUUUCUAAAUUUUUAAGAGAAAAAUUAUUAUCGUUAGUGUCUUCAGUUGUUGUUAGAAACAAGGGCACAGCUACUGAUCCAGUCCAGAAACUAUUUGUGGACAAAAUACGAGAGUAUGCACAAAGGUCCACUGGUGGCAAAUUGGUAGAUCCUAGUCCGUCUAUUUUGAAGGAAAUGCAGAAGGAACUUGAGAAGAUGGAGAAGCAAUUUGGGGGUGGUCCCGGUGUGGACAUGACCACUUUCCCAACUUUCCAAUUUGAUCAGGUGAAGAUAGAUCCUAUUGAUGAAGCGACGCCUGACAAAAGAAUAGCUAAGAAAAAGAAAGGCGGAAAGGGAAAAAAGUGAACUGCUAUAAAGUUUUUGUAAAUAAGAUUUUUAAUUUACAACAUCAAAUAUAAAUGUUAUCAGAUGU